ACGGGUACCUUGACUAACGUUCCAGAAUAGCUGUCCUUUACUCAGCCGAGCGUCGCAACACCCACGCGUCUCGCAGUUUACCGCUUUCUGUGCAAUGAUAUUACUGCCACGGCGUUGAUCUUGCCAGGCCUUUCACUCCUUUCGACCUACUCGACUAGCAGCUGCAAGGGCGCUUGCAAUUGCAGAAUCUCGGUUGCGGACCGAGACACUUGCCCGUGCUGCACUUCCGCGGGUCUCAGUUCCACGUUCUAUACCACCGAAACACCUCUCGACCUCGACUGCCAGCAGCGUGGUCUGCAAACAUGCCUCCCAAAUCGGCCUUCACGCGUCUCGAUGCGUUUACCAAGACUGUCGAAGAUGCACGCGUUCGUACAACGUCCGGAGGAAUUGUCACCAUUGUGAGCUUGCUGGUCAUCCUUUGGUUGACAUUGGGCGAAUGGGCGGACUACAGGCGGGUGAUAGUCCGCCCAGAGCUGGUUGUCGAUAAGGGCAGGGGCGAGCGCAUGGAGAUCAGCUUGAACAUUACAUUUCCGCGAAUGCCCUGCGAACUGCUCACGCUCGAUAUCAUGGACGUCUCUGGCGAGUUGCAGAUGGGCGUCGCACACGGUAUUAACAAGGUGCGACUAAACCCUGAAGAGCAGGGUAGCAAGGAGAUUGAGACCAAGGCACUUGACCUUCACAAGGAUGAAGCCUCCCACCUUGCCCCCGACUACUGUGGCGAAUGCUACGGUGCCCCCGCCCCUACCAACGCACAUAGGCCCGGCUGCUGCAAUACCUGCGACGAAGUCCGCGACGCCUACGCCUCUGUAUCGUGGUCUUUCGGUCGUGGCGAGGGUGUCGAGCAGUGCGAGCGCGAGCACUAUGCCGAGCACCUUGACGAACAGCGUCAGGAGGGAUGCCGCCUUGAGGGCAGCAUCAAGGUCAACAAGGUCAUUGGCAACUUCCACAUCGCCCCUGGCAAGUCGUUCUCCAAUGGCAACCUGCACGUACACGACCUCGAAAAUUACUUCAAGGACGAGUACUUGCACACUUUCACUCACAAGAUCCACCAUCUACGAUUUGGUCCCCAACUGAGCGAUACUGUGGUACAGAACAUGGCGAAGAAGCACCUCGCGACAGGGCCCGGUGGCUGGACAAAUCACCAUAUCAACCCUCUGGACGGAACAGAUCAGCACACUGAUGAGAAAGCCUUCAAUUACAUGUACUUCGUUAAGGUCGUGUCUACCGCCUACCUGCCACUUGGCUGGGAAAAGGAGGCUACUCGGCCCAGCGAUACCGACAUUGGCUCGAUCAUCGAGGGUAACUACAAGGGAAGCAUCGAGACACACCAGUACUCCGUUACGAGCCACAAGAGGAGCCUUCAGGGCGGUACCGAUGAGCAGGAAGGCCACAAGGAGCGCAUUCACGCUCGUGGUGGUAUCCCUGGUGUUUUCUUCUCAUACGACAUCUCGCCGAUGAAGGUCAUUAACCGCGAAGUGCGCGAUAAAUCCUUCUCUGGAUUCCUCGUGGGCCUGUGCGCUGUGAUCGGUGGUACGCUCACAGUCGCUGCUGCGGUCGACCGCGCGCUCUAUGAAGGCGUCAACAAGAUUAAGAAGAUCCACUCAAACUAGUCGCAUCAACGCGCCGACACAACAGUUUGAAAACGACGGCAGUCAUCAGUUGGAUUUGUACGCAUUUGUGAGUUACGGGCCAGGAGUUACGGCGUAUUGAUUUGACAUGUCGAAUCUGGCGACGCGUCAAUUUGGUGGGUCUAGAGCUACGAAUCGAUGGAAAGUGAAGAACAUUUUCAGCUGAGCUGGACAGCUGAGCUGGAACAGGCCAGCUUGUAACAUCUAGCCAAGGCCAACAUGUAUAGGAAAUGCUUAUGACAAGAUCAAAAGUGAACACUAGACUGAGCGGUUGUGAGGCAGCAGCGUCGUGUGGGUGCCUGUAAUGCCUAGCUCCCUGACCAAUCAUCGCUCGAUACUG